CUCGUGUCGCGCUACACGCGAAUUGCGACCGCACGUGCGAGACAUGAUCAUGGGUGAGAAACGUGCCGUGCUGUGCCCGCGCCGACGACAGGUGCCCCUUCUGGUAGUGACCACUCUCCUGGUGGGCGUGCGUACGGAGCUUGUCGAUCCUAAAUUCAAGGAGCCAAUAGCCAAUGUAACCGCGCCGGUGGGAAGGGAAGCCAUUCUCUCCUGCGUAGUUCAAGAUCUCGCCGGAUACAAGGUGGCAUGGCUGCGUGUCGAUACGCAAACCAUUUUAACGAUAGCGAGCCACGUGAUCACGAAGAAUCACAGGAUCGCGGUUUCCCACAGCGACCACCGAACGUGGUUCCUUCACAUACGGGAAGUGCGAGAGUCCGAUCGAGGCUGGUACAUGUGUCAGAUAAACACGGAUCCCAUGAAGAGCCAGAUCGGUUAUCUCGAAGUGGUCGUGCCGCCCGAUAUUCUGGACUAUGACACCAGCACGGACAUGGUGGUGAUGGAGGGACGAAACGUGACUCUGCGUUGCGCCGCGACCGGCUCCCCGGCGCCUAACAUCACCUGGCGGCGCGAGGACGGUCAGCAAAUUCAGCUCGGGAACACGGAGGAAGUUAGCAGCGUGGACGGCCCGAGCUUCAAUAUCACAAAAGUGAACCGGCUACAUAUGGGUUCCUAUUUAUGCAUCGCGUCCAAUGGCGUGCCCCCCUCCGUCAGCAAAAGAAUAAUGCUCACUGUGCACUUUCCGCCGAUGAUCUGGGUGCAGAAUCAGUUGGUCGGCGCCCAUGAAGGUCAGAAACUGACCCUCGAAUGCUAUUCAGAGGCAUUCCCGAAGUCUAUCAAUUAUUGGACCAGAGAUCAGGACAAGAUUGUGCCGCAGGGAGGAAAAUACGAACCGGUGCUGAAAGAUAACGCGUACAAAAUACACAUGAAGCUGACGAUAAACUCCGUCAGCCCGACGGAUUACGGCUCGUAUAAAUGUGUGUCCAGGAACUCGCUGGGCGACACUGACGGCAGCAUUAAAGUCUAUCCAAUAUCGAGCUCCAAUUCCAACAGCACCAAGUACAAAGGUAAAGCGAGGCAUAAUUCAGGGAACAAUAACAUCCUGGAGGGAAAUCAAGACAUGCUAAAGGAACGAGAUCUGAAACUACGAGGCCGUAAGGAGAACGGCGGCGACGUAGCGGACUACGACGAAUCCAGCGCAACCAGCAACGGCAGCUCGUCCCUGCUGGUGAUCCUCGUCGCGCUGUGCCUGUGCCUCCACCAUCGUCCGCAGAUGCGAACGCUGCACCCGGCCUGAGAUCCACCCACGACGGUCCUGCACGCCAUCGCACGCGUAAUCCGAUCAUCGAGCCAUCAUCAUCGUGACUUUGUACAUCCACUUGUAAAAUCCAUCGCUCAGGGACUUCCGUCGAGGAUGAAUAUCGUCGAGGACUGCGUUGACCACUUUAAACUUAAAACGAUAGGAUAAUAAUAUUAUAAAUAUAGCGUUUUAGCGGCGGGCUUAGCCCCCUUUCCCCGCCCUCGGCUGCUGGCGCCGCCGCGCGGAGAGAGUUCGCUAAGGGAGGAUUACGACUUAAGGGACAGUCAUUACCGCGGACAGUUUCGAAACCAGAGUUCGGCUGGCGGCAAAUCUACCCCAUGCGGCCGGAAUCACGGUUACAAUGUUGGGGAAACGCCUGAUUUAUUUUAGGGUUGCAUUAGCGGCGUUGCAGAGAUAAACUGAAACAUCCAUAAAUUUUGUGCGUUAUCAUGAACAGCGUCGAGGUAUUAUUUUUUUUAUUUUAUUUUUAUUUUUUAUUUUUUUUUUAAGAAAA